UUACUGAAAGGUGAUUUGUAAGCUUGAUUUCCAAUUGUAGAAAUUCAAACUCAGUUGACAAUUCUAUUAUAGAAUGUGAGUAUUUCUUGUGAACAUAAACUGCAACACCACCUCCAAUCAGUACGGUUUCUGCUUCUCUAUUUUAGAAUACUUAAAUAUUUUAAUUCCAUUGAAUCAACACAAACAGAAGAUAGAGGACGUGACAUAACUUGGGUAAUAAAUGAGCUGUAUAUCCUUAUCAGGAAUUGCUCCACCCUGAACCAUUCACCCUCCCAAGUUAUUAAUAUAUACUUAAACUGUUCUUCCAUUUCCAUCUUUGAAGGAAGCUGAGCUCACUGUGUCGGAGAGAAAGCCAUUUGGUUGUCAGUGUUUGUAAAGGGAACCUUAACUUAGGAACAAUUUUAAAAGUUUGAAACAGUUUAUUCACCUGCCGGCAUUAUGUGUACAGGAGCGUGCUCAAAAUUUAUUGCUAUACCCCUCUAUGUCCUGGCUCUGGUGUCAGUCAUCUGCAACGUAAUGCUUUUCUUCCCUGAUUUUGACACAAAAUAUGCAGAGCAAGAUCGGAAAGGGGACCAGCGGAUUACUGAAGAAGUCAAAUAUAUGGGAGGUGUUAUAGGAGGGGGAAUCAUGAUUUUGAUUCCUGCCAUUCACAUCCAUUUGACUAGUACCAAAGGCUGCUGUGCCAACCGCUGUGGGAUGUUCCUGUCCAUUGGGUUUGCAGCAGUUGGUGUGGUAGGGGCUAUUUACAAUUUGAGUGUGGCUUCUCUUGGUCUUGCUAACGGGCCAAUGUGCCAAUGGCAAAAUGACCUCACCUCCGUCCCACAGUGGGGAGUGCCCUUUGGGAACAGUUCUGGGAGCUACCUGAGUGACAAAAGCAUGUGGAGCUGGUGUAUAAUACCUAAAAAUGUGGUUGAAUUCAACACUGGACUGUUUGCCACUCUGCUCGUGGCUGGUUGCCUGGAGCUCAUCCUCUGUGCCAUCCAGAUGGUGAACGGGCUGUUCGGCUGCAUCUGCGGCACCUGCUCUGGGAACAAGGACUGAGUGAAACCGAACCAUGACUUCUUGACGACAAGCUAACAGGGAUCCUCACGCUUUUAGUUUCUCACAGUGGGAUCAGAGGCCAUCCGUAUCGUCUCACACUGAUCAACCCUGCUCCUCAGGUUUCAUUUGAGCCUUUUUAUUAUGAGUUUGUCAAGAGGAUUGACUGGGAAUAUUACUGAUUAUUUUCUUUACAGUUUUACUUCACGUUCUGCAGAUUACAGUAUGGAAGCCUUUAUGUGCAGAAUAUGAUGUAGGAUGUUCUGUUCAUCAAGCUGUAAAGUUGUUCCAAAUAUUUUGUAAUAAACUUUGAAAGUUGA